CGCCCACCUCGCGUCGUGCGUGACUUCGCACUCGUCGCGAAUGGCUACGCCGGACUUUGCACCGGUUUCAGCACGGGGUUUCAUUCAUUUUACGGUCCGCCAAAAUCUGGACAGCUCGCGCGGCACCUUCCGUUCCUCCGUCUCGCGUCCCCAGAACAGAAACAUGCAUCCCCGAUUAGUCGAUAUUUCUCGCAUGCAGUGAUAUUUUAGGUCGCUCCGGAAUAUCCCGUGGAUAUUUCCUUCCUGAUAUCAAUGAAGAUAUGAGGACGAUGCUGUAUGAGUUUAUCGCGCAGGUGGAUCAGUUUCACAGCUCUAACGAUACGUUAAAAAGAUGAUAAUACUUUCUAUAUAGCGGCAAAAAUGAUUGACGAAGGAAGUACCGUAUCGACAUCUUUGUCAUUAAACGCAAAUCAAUAUGCGGAGAGUGAACCAACUGAUAACUUGUAUCUUGCUCUGAUACAGUGCUUUGGUAUUAUACUAUGCGGAUAUGUAGCAGGCAGAUUCGGUGUGAUAACGAAGACGGAAGCGAAUGGCCUGAAUACGUUCGUCGGCACUUUUGCCUUGCCGUCUUUAAUUUUCAUGUCCCUGGCGAAACUUGACUUCACCCUGGUUAACUGGAAAUUUCUCCUCGCCGUACUGCUCGCUAAGAGCUGCGUCUUUAUCGCUGUGCUUGCGGUCUCGUUGGUAAUUAAAAAGCCAUCGAAUCCUGGACGCGCUGCGCUCUUCGCAAUAUUCACCACUCAGAGCAAUGAUUUCGCUAUUGGAUAUCCGAUGAUUUACGCACUUUAUGGAAAAACCCACCCCGAGUACGCCGCUUAUCUCUAUCUGAUGGCACCCAUAUCGCUGGCGGUUUUAAACCCAAUUGGUUUUGUAUUACUGGAGAUCGGCAAACGACGCGUGGAGGAGCACACAAGUUUCAGAGACAUGGUUUACUCCAUCGUGAAGGGCGUCGUGUUGAACCCGGUGCUUUUCAUGACGGUCUUGGGCAUUGUAGGAAAUCUUAUAUUCAGUCACGAUGUACCGCACUUGCUCGCCGCGAUUCUCGAGGUAUUCGGCAAUGCUUUCUCCGCUAGCGCGUUGUUCCUCCUCGGUUUGAUGAUGGUAGGGAAGAUACACAAGUUGAAAGGUACAGCAUUGGUCAUACCGGGCAUAUUGAUCUCGGUGAAGCUGCUAGUCUUGCCUCUAGUCAUAAGGGAGUCUAUAAUUCUCGUGAACGCUGGGGAUAAUGUAACAGAGACGAGAGAUUUGAGCACGUACGGUUUCUUGUACGGCACCAUCCCGACGGCACCGGCUCUGUUUAUCUUUACUUUACGAUAUAAUCUUGAGAUUGACUUAAUCGCGUCGGCUAUGGUGGCUUGUACGUUUCUCUCCGCUCCGCUCAUGUUUGUGUCGGCCAAAGUGAUCAAUGCAGUUUAUGCCGGAAUUACACCAGCUAGUUAUGCACAGCAACUCAACAUCUUUUCCUUCGAUAUGAGCGUUGCGUCAGCGGCAGCUUGCAUAUGGUUGUUGAUAUGUUUCCUUGGAUUUGGACGCAAGAGGUACAACCAAGUCACUCACCGAUGCACUCUGUGCCUCGUGAUUGCACAGCUUGCAAUAGCAGUAGGUGUGAUAAUGUGGUCCAAACUUGAUCCAAAUAACGAUCAGACAAUAUUGUGGUAUAUUCAAUUUAUUUUAAUAACCACUGGUGUAUAUGCCAGCAGAAUAUGGACAGCUGCAAUUGCGGCAACGUUACUAUUUCUGAGUUCACGCUCGUUGUCUUUCGUUGAAAACUUACAGAAAUGGUUUUAUCCGCUUGGAUGGGGGCUGCCACUUUUAUUGGUGGCAUUAACAUGCACCACUGUUACGUUAAAUCCGUCUGAUCUUAAUUUUCAAAAUCCCAAUUUUCAACUAGGCAGGUCUCAGGCUGCUGUUUCUUCAUCCGUAUUAAUAUUCAGCUUUAUAGUGACAUUAGGUUGUUUGGUCUUGCAACAGAGAUAUCAAAGAAGGCAUCAUACCAUGUCAUAUGAAUAUCUGAGGAACAAUGCAGAAAAUGCUACAACCGGAAUUCCUGAAAGAGCUGUAGUAGAUGUAGAAGACUUGGUUUCUCCAUUAGUUAAUGCAACACCUAUUAUUGGCUGUGAAUUUCAAAAUGGUUGUCCGAAUGGAGUAUGCACAGGUGCUGAAGAUGGAAAUAGCUGUGAGGAGGAAAAUGGAACAAACGCAGAUGACGAUCCCCAGAUUUUGCGACAUCUGGUUCUUCUUAUUCUGUUGUUAUGCUCCAUGUUUAUUGGCUUGUCGAUUUCCAUAGGAACAUUAAUAAUGGAACAGCUAACUGGCAUUUAUGCCGAGCUUGCCUUUCUAGAUGUGGCUUUGAACUUCGGACAAUCAUUAAUAGCUUUCGCCAUUUUUGGACUAGAUCCUAGUUUGGGUAAAUUAGGAUGUUGGCUGCAAAAAAUGUGCAGAAAAUGGCAAAGUGGUAUAGUGUCUUUACAAUAUAAUACACAUUUCAUAACGAUUGAUUUUAUACAGGGUGAGUCAAAUGUCGCCGAUCAUCGUGGCAAGUCGCUGAAUGCAAGGCUAGAAGAGAGCACCGCACUGGAGAUCGUCACCAAUGAGUUUGGCCUGCUGUUCGCUGCUGCCUCUCUAACUAAUCGCAAGCGUGUGUGA